UAAUCACUACACCACUUAGCCACAUUAGACUUACGUUGCGAUCCGGAUAAUCCGUCUUACCUUUUAGCUUUCCACACACUUCACACGCAUAAGACAAGAUGAACUCCAUUCCAGGAAAUGCCUCGCAAGAACCAACCAGCAACGAUACAUCGACGACGGGUGUUCAGCAGAACCAAGCACAGCGGGAAGACUACCUCGACAAGGGUCUCGACGCCGCUGAAAAGAAGUUCGGGGGCGCCGCGGGUCAAGAUACUGAGAAGAAUCGGGGCGUUAACGAGAAGAUUACCGAUGGCGCUCGUAACAUGUUCGAAAAAGCAACCGGCAAGGACGUCCCCGACAAGUUCUCCAACUAAGGAGCAUUUGACGUUCAAAGAAAGGAUGCACAAGUUGGAUGAAAAGUGGAACAAGUGUCGACCUUACCUUGAGAGGAUCAAUGGGGUGGCUGUUCCGCUAAGGCAGAGUUUCGAUGAGCAGGACGCCGGCCAUCGAGAAUUCCAGCAACAGGGAGUGCAACGACAACCGGUUGGGACGGCCCAUUGAUGAACAUUUGAAUAUGUAUU